AUGACUCAGGUGCCUGCUGACUACGUGUCAACCACCAGCUCCUACAACUAUGAGCAGCCCCUUCCUUCCGUGGCUCGGACGAACGCUCUCACCAGGGUACCUCCAGCCAAAAAAAUAACCUUCUUCAAGAGUGGAGAUCCUCAGUUUGCAGGAGUCAAGAUGGCCAUCAACCAGCGAAGCUUCAAGAGCUUCAAUGCGCUCAUGGAUGACCUUUCUCAUCGGGUCCCACUGCCAUUUGGGGUACGGACCAUCACCACCCCACGAGGAAUCCAUUGCAUCAAUGAGCUGGACCAACUGGAGGACGGAGGAUGGUACCUUUGCUCCGACAAAAAAUAUGUCAAGCCCAUUAACAUUGCUUCUGGGGGACACAGGCCAGGUCCUCCACGAAGUGGUCGUCCCUCCAGUACCUUGAGAAGAGCAGCUCAGGAAGGCAAGCUUGAAGAUUACUCCACACCUUUCACUCACCAUGGCCCCAGAAUACCCAAGAAAAUCACUCUAGUUAAGAAUGGAGAAAGUGGGUUUCGGCGCUCGAUUAUCUUGAACCGCAGAAAUGCCAGGAGUUUUAAAACUCUCCUGGAUGAGAUUUCAGAGAUCCUGCAAUUCCCAGUGAAGAAGCUCUACACUGCUGACGGGAAGAAGAUCGACAGCAUGCAGGCUCUGCUUCACUGCCCCAGCAUCCUGGUGUGUGUCGGCCGGGAGCCAUUUAAACCUAUAUCAAUGGAGAACUUGAGGAAACACUCGGUGGAGAAGCUGCCCGACCUGGCUCCCCGUUCCAACGGCAACAAUGUCAACGAAAACAAUGAAAUGGACUUUGGACUGAAAGCCAAAAAAAGUGUUAUCCAUCCACGGUCAGCAUCGAGCAAUAGGUCAAUGAGAUUUUCCUUAUCAUCGGAAAAGUCGUAUCCUAAUGGUCUCGUCGCCUCACCGGAUAAUGGCCCACCUUUCUCAAACAGCUUCUCACACACAAAACCUGGGGAUUUGGUUCAUUCUUUGGUCAACGACGACAUAGAAAAACGGGUACAUGUAAACAAGGACGGUAGCCUGUCCGUUGAGAUGAAAGUCCGCUUCCGCUUGCUAAAUGAUGAGACUUUGCAGUGGUCCACCCAGAUCAAAAAGUCCAAUCUGAUGAACCAGAGGCCUUGUGAAGAGUCAGGUCUAGAGGAGGACAGUGGAGUAGACCCAAUACAGAAAAUGAACCCAGAGGCCAGCUCAGAGGCCGACGACUCAUUAUAUCCCUGUGAUAUUGAUUCUUACAUGUCAAAACUUGAGGAAUCAGAAUAUGAUGAGGCUCAUUGUCACAGCUGUGGAAAGAAACACCAGGACUACGACAUUUGGAAAAACCCCAUGCACACAUCCCAGAGGGAAGAGCCUGGUGUACGAAGCACCUGGCACACACGGUCGUCAUGCUCCAGCACAUCUUCCCGGAGGAGAGUAGUCCACAAAAAAAUGGCUUCUGUGGAUAGCCUCAACACCACAACCAGUGAGGAAUUCUCUGAGCACAUUGUGCAAGAGUCCUCAUCCUACUCAGAAACUAUAGAGAGCAGGGUGGCGUACAGAUCUGUUAAAAAAUGUAGGUGUCGAAGUGAUUUGUCUACAGGGGCUUCCAAUGUAGAAGAUCAGCAAGAAUACACUCGGGCAAGCACGAGAAAUAGUCAGAGACCUUCUUCAUUGGGUUUAGUGUCACGUUCAAGCUGUGAAGACAACCUGGAUACUCAAGAUGACUCCGAAGACCAUGAGGCCAGAAAAAACAAUUCACAAAAUGAAGACGAAGUAUCACAAAAUGAAGUAUCGUCUGUGAAAUGUUUAAAGGAGGAUGUGGAAGAGGUUGAAAGCAGUAGGGUUGGGAGCGUCAUGUCCAGGUCAUCUGUGCAGUCCAGACAGAGCAAGAAGAAUAUAUGUGAGGAAACAAGUAGCAUUGGUAGGAGCAUGUCCUCCUCAAGCCUUCAGAAAGCAAAUCAAGAAGAUAACACCAGGUCUUCUACUCCUGCCAACAGUGUACACAGCAAGUCUAGUAACUGUACCACGCCAAGAGAAAAGAGUGAGCAGAAUGACCACUCUGAUGAUAAUGCAGUGGUCUCCUCCUUCUCCAGUGAGUCCUGCCCUAAGAAAGAGGCUGAAGACGCUGAAGCAGAACAAGAAGAAAAUGAAAUCAAUGAAGUCAGCUCAGUGUCAGCAAAAUCAAAGCCUAGCCAAUCAAUUAGAGAUGAGAGCAGUGAAGGUGAACGAUGUUCUACACAAGGAACCUCCCAUUCCAGAGCUAGUGGCAGGAACAGCAAAAGAAACGACAGUGAUGAGACCAUUCCGUGCAAUGCCUCUUGCUCUUCCAGAGGAUCCAAAAAGAGCAAACACAGCCAUAUUAAUUUGGAUGCACAGUCUGAAGUGUCUAUAUCUUCACUUGAAUCCACCCCAAAUAAAAAAAAGAGUUCCCUGCACACAGCUGAUCUGAGAUCAGGCAGCAGGACUUCUAAUUACUCCAAAAGCUCAUGUGAAAUCAAGAAAAAAUCUACUGGAGACCCCAAGUCUCAUAACUCAGGGUCUUCUCCCACAAAUAUUUCAUCUACUAGUGAAGCAGAGGCAAUUACACAUUUUGUUGAGGAGCAAAGCUCCAAAAGUACUGCCAAUGGCUACAGUGAAUCCUCAAAAGGCUCAAAGAAGAGAAGCUAUAGAGAAGAAACUAGUAAGCCAUCAUCCCUCUGCUCAAGUGUUUCAAACUUUAAUGGAAAACCUGGGGAGUGUUGUUCCAAGAUUAAUUCAGAGCCGUCUUCUUCAAGACAGGGAAGUGUGAGUGAGAGUGUAUGUUCGAAAGGUGAUCGCUCAGCUGAGGCUGGGAUUAGGAAUGGAAAGCCUUCAAGUGUGUCUUCAAGAGUCUCUUCUAAGUCAGAAGUAAAAGAUAAAUGCUUGUUGCCACAGAAAUCCGAGGAAAGUAAUAGUCGAUAUUCACAAUCAAACAUAUCCCAGUCUUCUAAAUCGAAGCCGAUAAAAACUAGAAAUCUUGGCGUGAAGAUGUCAAACUCCAGUCGAGCAUCAUUGUCUGAGACCUUGUCAGUAUGUAGUAUGCAUCGUCCUGCCCCACCAAAAGGGAAGCCAAAGAACAAAAAAAUACGUUCAGCCAUGUUGAAGAAUUCAUCUCGUAGCAGCAUGGGGUCUGAGUCGGUGCGGACCACAGGAAAAGAGCAGAAAGAAAUUGUAGAUUCCUCCAAAACAACUUCCUAUGGGUCUAAGUCAGCUGCAACUGGAAUAAAUGAUGAGAAGAAUCAAGCAAUUGAUGAUUCUUGCAGCAGAAAGGUGGAGGAAGAGUUAGAAGGCAUGGACAUGCAGGAGGAAGGGGGUGAUUUAAUGCCAUCUGCUCUACCAAAUACAUCUCCAGAAGAAGUCGUGCAAGAAUGGCUAAGUAAAAUCCCUUCAGAAACAUUGCUUAUGAAAGAUGAAAUGGAAGGUGAUGCAGAAGAAGAAUGUGUAGAGGCAACCACUGAAGUAUCACACUGUACAAACACUGAGGAAAUCUCAGAAGAUGAAAAAGCUGAGAAAAAUAAUGUGGAGGAGGCUGAAAAUGAGGCAGAGGUUGAAGUGAAAAAGGAGACAGCACAAGACACUGCUAUCAAUGAAGAAGCUGAAGAUUGUGUGAAUCAGGAAGAAAUCUCUGAGGUUGUGUCCGAAGCUGCCAAAGCUGACCAGGCAGAAUGCAACCAGUCAGUCACGUCCAGCCAAAAUAACAACAGAAGAGAUCUCCCAACAGAAGUCCAGACUUCCGUCCAGAUCAUGAAAGCCUUGCUCAGUUCAAAACAUGAAACAAAAUUUGACCGAUCAAACAGUUUGCCCGAAGUGUCCCCCACUAUGGGGAGAAAACUGAGUAACUCUGCCAACAUCUUGAUUACUUGUCUUGCCAGUCUCCAACUCCUUGAUGAAGAGUCAGAAGAUCCAUCAGAUAAAUCAAAACGUUUGAAUAAGCCAAGGUAUAUGGAGCUGCUAAACAUUUUUCAAGCCCUGUGGCUUGGAGGCACGGCUGAAAAAAGUGGUCCAAGUUCAGAUCAAGAGGCAAGUGAGCAGGCAAAGACAGCCUCUGGGUGUAAAGCCCCCAAAUCUGCAAAUUAUGACUUCACUCCCAUGUCCUCCUCUGGGGUUGAUGUUAGCAGUGGUUCUGGUGGCUCAGGAGAAGAGAUUACAGCUGGCCCCAGGGAAGGCACUUUAACGACACAGAAAACUGCUGAAUUCAAAUCAGGUGGACCAGCAGAUAGUGGAGAGACUGGCACUGAACUGACAGAGGCCGAGGAGAAAAGUAAAGAGGAAGAGCAGUCAUCUCGGCCUUCGACAGCCCGCUCAAAGUCAAAAGGUGAGGGAAAAGCACAGUCUACAAGGGAGCAUUCUCUAACUCAAGAGGCAGAGGAGAGUAAGGAGGACCAGUGCAGCAACUGUGAAAAUGGUCUGGAAGAAGGGGGAGAAAAUGAAAACAAAGAAACAGGCAAACUAACUGAAAACGGAGAACAAGAAGAAGUUGAAGCUGUGAAUGAUGAACUCUCAAAAGAAAAUGUUGAAGAGGAAGCUGAUCAGCUAGACGCUACUGCUGAUGCAAAUGUCAACGAUGUUGAUGGUGGGACAGAGCUGAAUGCUGAUUUGGAAGAGCAGCUUGAAAAAGAGUCUCCAAAUGACCCACAGCCCGCAGUCGAUACAGCCACCAUUGUGGACUCUUCCCUUGUCCAGCAAAACUCAAUGGAUCCAGACCCAACCUGGGUCCUGAAAUUGCUCAAGAAAAUUGAGAAGGAGUUCAUGGCUCACUAUGUCAGUGCCAUGAAUGAUUUCAAAGUCAGGUGGAACCUGCAGAACAACAAGCAGACAGAUGAAAUGAUACUGGAGCUGAAGGAGGAAGUGAGUAAAAGGAUACAAAGAAGCAUAGAGAAGGAGCUGAGGAAGAUAAAAGCCAGAGCAGGAAAGAGGAUGCCGAGACCUCCAGAUGAACCACUCAAACGUGAGUCAACACUUCAAACUGAGCAGAGGAGACGGCGACUGCAAACUAUGCAUAAAAAGUCACUCUUCAAUGACAAGAAUGGAACCCAAACUAGGUUAGAGGACACGUCAGACUUAUCAUUUCAUAUAGAUGAAGAUAUAGCAUUUAGUGCAACUUUUGAGGCCAGUAUUAGUAAACAAACAAGUGAAGACGAAUAUUGCCCGUGUGAUUCUUGUGUGAGGAAAAAAAUGGCUUCCAAGCCCAUAAGGAACCCAGUGGUGGCCACCAAUGCCCCAGUCAUGAAAGCAUUUGAUUUACAGCAAAUCCUGAGGUUGAAGAAAAAUGAUGAGGAAGCCUGUGUCUCAGAAGCAGCCCAGGACAUCAAAACAAUUCCCAGGAGUUCUGCAGAGGAAGCAGCAGAAAACAGUGAGAAAGAAGAGGAGGAGGAAGCAAAGGAAGAGGAAGAUGAAGAAGAGAAGGAGGAAGAGGAGGAAGAAACA